CAGCUAACAUUGGAAUAAUACUAAUAAUAAGUAAAUAGCUCUUUUCUAGAAAUAACAUUUUAAAUCUUGUCAAGCGGCAAAUGCUUUGCACUGCACACAGUCGGAUCAUGAAAGGACUUUAUUAGCAACUGCCGCCUUAUGACCUAUGCCCGGGUGAGAUAACGUUCUCUUUGUCAUCCCUUUGACGGAGGACUUGCUAUAGCAGUUGUUGUUGUUGUUGUUGUUGUUGUCUCUCUUGCAGCCGUCCCUGUGAAGAAUCAUCUCGGAAUCAUGGAGAACUCUCCUUCCACAUCCUGGAGAGAACACAUUCUGUUCCAGCAAAUACAGAACUUGUCUCCUGGCGGCUUCAAGACAGAAGUCAAAGAGUUAUCUCUGAUGGCUCUUCCUGUGAUUUUGGCCAACCUCAUGUUUUUUGCUGUGAGUUUUAUCAGCACAGUCUUUUGUGGCCAUUUGGGAAAGGUGGAGCUGGCAGGUGUAGCUCUGGCCAUAGCGGUUGUUAAUGUGACGGGCAUAUCUGUUGGUGCAGGGCUGGCGUCCGCAUGUGAUACUUUGAUUUCUCAGACAUUUGGGAGUGGCAAUCUUCUGAGAGUCGGGGUGAUCCUGCAGAAGGCAAUCCUCAUUCUGAUUCUGGCAUGUUUUCCCUGUUGGGCCGUCCUCAUCAACACUGAGUCCAUUCUGCUGGCUGUAGGACUGGAGCCAGAGGUUGCCAGGUUGUCUCAGUUGUAUGUGAAGAUCUUCAUGCCAGCGCUACCAGCUACAUUCAUGUAUUCACUGGAAACAAGAUACUUGCAAAAUCAGGGCAUCAUAUGGCCUCAAGUAAUCACCGGUUUUGUGGUCAAUCUCAUCAACGUCCUCUUGAACUACAUUUUUCUCUUUGCAUUAAAUCUGGGUGUAGCAGGCUCGGCUCUUGCCAACACUCUGUCCCAGUUCUACAUGGCUGGGGUCCUCUACGCUUAUAUCCUAUGGAAAGGUGUUCACAAGGCCACCUGGGGAGGUUGGUCCAAAGAUUGUCUACAGGACUGGAGCUCAUUCAUUCACUUGGCCAUUCCCAGCAUGGUCAUGUUAUGUGUGGAGUGGUGGACAUUUGAGAUUGGCAGCUUACUGGCAGGUCUCAUAAGUGAGGUGGAGCUCGGAGCUCAGUCCGUCGUGUACGAGCUGUCGAACAUUGCUUUCAUGUUUCCAUCAGGCUUUAGUGUGGCGGGCUGUGUUCGAGUGGGAAAUGCCCUCGGAGCUGGAGACACAGAGCGGGCUAAGCUGUCUGCAAAACUCUCCUUUUUCUGUGCAGGAUCAGUCUCUGUGUGCUGGGCCGUCAUCAUUGGAAGCCUGAGGGAUCACAUUGCUUACGUCUUUACAUAUGACGAACAAAUCCGAGUAAAAGUCGGUGAGGUUGUGUUGUUCUAUGCUCCGUUCAUCAUCCUGGAUGCAGUUUCAGCGGCCACGGGAGGAAUAAUAAGAGGAACAGGUACGCAGAAAUUUGGGGCGAUGUGCAACGUGCUGUGUUAUUACGGAGUGGCUUUACCUCUUGGAGUGCCGCUGAUGUUUGCAGCCAAACUAGGAGUCGAUGGUCUGUGGAUAGGAUUGUGCACAGGUGUGUUUCUGCAGUGCUGCUUCCUGGUUGUCUACCUGGUGAGAAUGGACUGGAGUAAAGCUACCGUUGAGGCCCAGGUUAGAGCUGGUGUCGGUGUCAACUCAGAUGAGCGACAAAGCUGUCAGGACCAAACACACACAAACGAUCCGGUUGGUCCUGAGGACCCAGCAACAGUGCACACCGUGGACCAAGAACUCGCCCAAAGAAACGUGGUCAUGCAUCGUGUUCUGAUUCUGGCCCUCAUGCUCCUCGUCCUGGCCGCUGGGAUCAGCGCCAACCUGCUGGUAACAAACCUGGUCACGUGACAUGAACAGCGACUGCGUUCCUGGGUUUUUGGUGGAAAAGUUUGUCGCGAGACGUGAUGCACGGGUCGACGUCACGAGAGGCCACAGAUGAACUGGAAAUGAGUUUGCAUGGAAACAGACGGAAUAGAGAAACAGAAACACCACAAGACACUGCUAUCAAUUUACCGUAAUUGCUUUGGAAAAUCUCAAUUAUCUUUCGGAAUGAUAUACUUUUUAGUUACGAGUCAGAGUGAGGCUAGAACAAUGUUGUAAAACAGCCUAUGCCAAAACGUUGCUAGAGUAUAAGUGGUACACAAGUAUAAGUAUAGUACAAUAGGCAGCUACUUAACAAAUAGCACUGGAAACAUGAGUCAAGUUUAUUAAAUUUCGCAACAGAAUCACUUCUUUGUAUUAAAUAUAACAAAAAGUACAUAUCAGAGGAAAGAAAUAUUGACAACUGCAGGAACUGGCGGCACUAAUGUCAACUGUAAGAAUCACGGAACAAUAAAAUCCGAUCAAAUUUCAAUCUGACUGCUCACUUGAGGCUGUCGUGGAGAAGUGAUCAGGAGUAGGGCUGCAAAGGGGUGGAAAGUUUCCGGGAAAUUUCCGGGAAACCUUCCGGAAAUUUACCAUGGGAAGUUAAGCUCGUGAAGUUUGGAAAUGUUGACCAUUUCUUGAUUAUUCAAAGUUGGACACCGUCCAUGGGAAUUCAUGAGAAUAUAUGGGAAUU